AUUGUUGGGACUUUGGUCCUUUUCUUUCCACUGCAGGUUAACUUGGGGAGAGUUCCUCAUUACAAAGCUGACUACAGACGUAGACGCCAUGAUCCGAAUUUCUUUCAUAUUCAGCGUUUUGCUGAUAUUCAGUGCUAAUGCAAAGCCAAUGAAAAAAAUGUCAGACGAACUCUUGAAGAAAAUGGUUGUGUCCCUUGAUGAAAAAGGGAAAAUGGCCUGGGGAGCUGAGGUGGAGCCUCCAGAGGACAUGGAUGGUAUUCAUUAUGAGAUUGACCCCAGUAUGAAGAUCUGGAAAAACAUGAAGAUCAGCGAACAUCACCUGAAGCCUGAGGAGGAUCUGGAUGAGAUGUACCAUCCUUCAACUCUUGACCUUCAAUCUCAGAUCAGAAAAUUUGAACAAAAAGCUGAAAAGAAGAAUGAGCACCAGCAUUCACCUGCAAAGAUGGAGCAAAUGAGGGAGGUGAGAAUUCAUCUUCAGCCUGAGGAAGACAUGGAUGACCUUCACCACAAAGAUCUCCUCCUACCAGCACUUAAACCAGGCCUGGUUCGCGCUGCUGUUGAUUUGCCAUCUCAACGAAAGUACUUGAAGCCAGAGGAGGACCUGGAUGAUCUUUAUCAUAGAAAACUCCUCCUCCCAGUGGUUCAACAAGAGGUCCGUGAAGCUCCUGCUGUCCUUCCUUCUCAAAGGAAGUACACCAAGCCAGAGGAGGACCUGGAUGAUCUUUAUCAUAGAAAACUCCUCCUCCCAGUGGUUCAACAAGAGGUCCGUGAAGCUCCUGCUGUCCUUCCUUCUCAAAGGAAGUACACCAAGCCAGAGGAGGAUCUGGAUGGACUCUACCACCAGUGAUUCAGGAUUAAACAUUUAUUGCAAACAUGUCAGAUGCAAUACAUACAUGUGG